CGAGGAUGAGUAUGUAGACCUGCCUAACCUCCAGGCAGGUAUUAUUUUAUCGUUAUUAUUAUUUUUAUUAUUUUUAUUCCAGACGCAAGGCGGCCGAGCCUGCUGCGCCCCUUCACCGCUUUGCUCCGUCGCAGCCAAAAGCAAGAGAACACCACUGAGUUGCAGGCGCCCAGUGCGAGCCUGCACAGGCGCCUCCCUUGGCCCGCCGCAGGUACCUGCCUGCCUCUACCUAUCCACCUGCCUCUGCGCCGUAAGUAUGCCGGGCGACAAUGAUGAUGAUGAUGAUGAUGCCUAGGUGAUGGAUGGGCACUGGUCUGUCAGUGUGAACUGGGCCGACCCCGGUCUACACGUGGAAGAGCGAGGCCCCUCCUCUCCUCCUCCCCCCCCUCCCCCUUCGUGUGCUACGCCUCAAAAACAAAACCAAAAAAAAGGCCCACAAACGCCACGAACCCCGGUGGCCCCCGCCGGUGGCCCACGGACAAGGGCACAGGAAGCCACGGACUUAUCCGCGCGCACCGCCGCCGUGGACGAGGGACCGCGGGAAGGGGGAGGCCUCGAUGCGGGUCGCCCUCGUCAGCAUGACCGCAUCGCGUACCCUCCCUCCCUCCUCCCUCCGUUUCCCCCCCCCUCUCUCCUCUUCUCUCCCUUCCUCCCCCCUCGUCCGCACACGCCCGCCACCCACCCAUUCGUUCAUCCACCGCCAUCCCACUUCUUGGCCCCCCCCCCCCCCCCCUUCCCUCCAUCCCCCUCCUCCCCCAUCUCACCACACCUCGCCAUCUGCAGACGCUGUAGCCGCGACACCGCGGGCCGCUAGACGGUGCAUUUCAGCUACGAACGAACAGGUGCACCAAAAAAGAAAAAAGAAGAAGAAAAAGAAAGAGAGG